AUGUCGUCCGCGUCCACUCCGGAGCGCACGCCUGUCGCUGAGCUACUGCUCGUGUCGCCGAUAGCGGUCGGUGGGCUGAGCGUCUCUCCUACAAAGCGUCAAAUCACGCCCACAGCGGAAGCGACGUCACCAAAGAAACUCGCAGUCAUCACCAGCCACGGAGCCGUGAGCCCCUUCGUCAACAGUAUUGCUCGUUCUACGUUCCCGAAUCCGUUCGGAUGGCCUGUUCAGGCGGAACUGGCCCACAUCGAUGAGCGGUUGUGUCUCUAUAAUCACAUCGAGGACCCGCUAGAAAUGAACACGCCAGAACAAGUUCUACAACAGUCACCACCCCUGGCACACCACCUGAUUUUCCCCUUUGACCUUCGAAACGACGAGGGCAGCUGGGCUGAUCCGGAUAAAGAGCCUCUCCUGAGAAGUGUCUUUCCAGGAACAACUGGUAUCGGUAGUAACGGGUGGUUUAUACUUCUUCUACUACGUUCGUUGCCUCCGAAGCCUUGGCCACUUACAAUUGCCGGAUUACCGCUGUAUUUCCACACGCACGAUACUUUCGGCCAAAGCCCCCUGCCAAACGGAAAGCGUGUGACUCGGAAGAAUGGUUCCGUCGCUGAAGAUCAGGAUUACCGAAACAUAAAGGACUGGGAGCCCCUCUUCCAUGUCAUUCGGAAAUUCUUCGAAGAUAUUGGCAUCCCGAUAACAGAGGUUAUGUACUUGGUGCCGUGGUUGGUGGGUAGAGUCGCGUGUGUCUACCUAUACGAAGAUGAGAUGGGGAGACCGUCGAACCUAUAUACCCGCCGCCAGCUUGACCCUACGCCAGAAAGCCCAGAUAUGAGCAAGUACGAUACUCUACAGCCAGGGUUGAGAGUGGUGUCAAACUCCCCACCACAACUAGGCGAUCCCGACACGUAUCUCGAGACAACAACCGGCGUUCUUCUGAGGGAUAGUGUUGGCAACGAAUUCAUGACUGUCGCCGCACAUGGAUUCCCUAGCGAAGCUGGGACGGUGGUCAUCCACGCAUCACCUUCCGGCCGUGUGAUAGGCGAACUUAUCUCAGAGGUUUCACCAACAGACAUUGCUCUCGUCAAGUUAGCGAAGACGGAGAAAUUCUCUAACGUCACGUUCCCGAACGCGCGAGUGCCGGUGCUUAUCCAGCUCAAGAGAUUAGGGCGAGCCAAAUGCUUCAGUGAGAUCUACCUGGAUUCACCCGAUACAGGCCUCAUUGACGGUAUCUUUAUGCUUCAGUCACGCACCAGGGUCCCCAACGAUGAUCACGAGCCGAAACCGGAAUGGUUGUUUACAAGCUGGACCUACAUGGGCGUAGACGCAGCAGCUAACUUACCUGGAGGCAUGUGCGGUAGUGCUAUGUGGGAUGCGGAGGGCAAUGUCUUGGGCUUUUUCAAAUACGCUCCGGUCGAAGGAGUGAUGACGGACUGGUGCGCUGGAGUUGCUGCGGAUGAGCUCAUCAACAGAGGGUAUACCCUCGUCGACACCGACGCGAGAUAA